GCGGCAGGGGGUCGUGCUCGCGCUCACGGUGGUGAUGCUGCUGGGCUGGUGAAGCUGUUCGGUAGCCAGCCAGCUAGUCACCGGAGCUCCGUUUGAAAUUGUCACCGACGUUAGCCGGUGUUGUGUAGCCUGUAGCGGCUUCACGGAACACAAGUUGCGGUUGGUAGUUGGUGUUCACGCGCAAUGAGCCACAGUAACCGCAGAGGACAGCGAGGAACGUCAGUUAUGCUAACCACCGGCGGUUAGUUAGCGCUAGCUCGCUAACGUUUAUGAUGUUUACAGAUAAUGUUAUAACCACUUAAGUCGUCAUGUUAGCCAUAUCCUCCAGUGUGGAUGCUUUGGUUUGUUGCGGCCAUACUUCCCCCCUCGGGGCGGAAAUAACCGACGGUUAGCGCCUCCAACAGCAUGACUCACACACAGUGAGUGAGCUAAUGCUAACGUUAGCUUAGCUAGCUGGUUGCUUGGGGUAGCCGUGUCUCAGUGCUGAAGCGAUGUCCGUCCGAUGGAGCUGAAGUGUUGCUCGGCUUGCCAAAGAUGACGGGCCGCCUCAGCCGGGUUUUCGUGCCUCUUCUGUCAGCAGGAGGCGGAGGAACAUGGAAGCCGAGGAAGAAGAGUGGAACAAAGACCUGAGUGCACACAAACUGCUGGAUAAAAAGGUGCUCUGCAAGCAGAAUGGAAGGAUCGGUAUAGUGAGAACCCUUCACAGCCUGUUGAAAACCCAGAACACACUGCAAAUUCAGUCCAUCGCCCGCUCAGAAUGUGCUGGCUCCUGUCCAAAUUUGAUGAUGAGUAGGAGUGAGCACGCCGAUGCGAGGCCCGUCCCCGUGGCCCUCACCCCCCAACUGCCCCCCAGAGCUCACCGGCCCCUCUGCAUGUCGAUCUCCUCCGACAGCAGUGGACGCUUCAAAGCUCUGGAGACGCAGGAGUGGAAGAACAACCUCAAAGCUCAGAUGGAGCAGGCCCACAGUGCGGGAGCUGCCAGCAGCACAGGAUCUCUGGAGCGAGCGUCUCUGUUCUGCGCUUCGGCUUCCACCACGUCCAGCUCCAGCCUGUCCAGCCCGGUGGAGAUCCUCAACAAGAGCAGAUCCUCCAGUCGCUUCUCUCUCUUCUCUCCGCCCUGGAACAGCAGCUCCGAGUCCGAAUCCAACCCUCCGUCCCGCUCGGGCUCCAAGAAGCUGCGUAACUACAGCAGAAGAGCCGCCACGGGGCCGGCCGGCGCCAGGGGCCCCGACACGCCCGAGCCCAAACCCAGCGGCCCCGAACACUUCCAGUACUCUGAGCCCGUCAUCUCCAAAGUGACGGACUACAUCUACGUCGGCAACCUGAACGCGGCGUACAACGGACGCACUCUGUGCCGCAACAACAUUGACAGCAUCAUCGACAUGAGCAGCGUGCCGGGGGAACCGGGCCCCAGCCUCAACCUCAUACCGUGCACCUGCUCGCGGGGCACCCGCCACAGCUGGUCCCGCCUCAAGGUGGACAUCGGAGACGUGCCGGACGCGCUGGGCGACGGCCCGGCCCUGAAGCAGCGCUGCUUCGAAGACAUCAACGAGUGCAUCGACGCCUCGACCGAGAAGAGGAAGCGCGUCCUGGUCCACUGUCGAGACGGCUUCUCUCUGGCGCCGACGUGCAUCAUCCAGUACCUGAUGGUGAAGCAGAACAUGAGGCUGAUCGCCGCCUACGAGAUCCUGAGGGCCAAGUACCCGGUCAACAUCAGGGACUGCCACCAAAACGCGCUGGUGAGCCUGGAGAGAGCGCUGCGGCCCGGAGGCAACGUCGACCCCGAGUGCUUCAAACAGGCCAUCUCACGCAAAGUGGCGUGGACCUGACUCGGUUUCCCAACAUGCUCGGCUGCUGCUUAAGACUCUCUUUAUAGAGGGGCGAAGUCCCUCCCCUUCCAGUAGACCCCCAUGGGACCUUAAUCCCAGAAAAAUAUGUACAAUAGUUAACGGGGAGAGGCAAGUUAUUUGAUCCCGUUUGAAUUAAGCCAUGAACUGCACAUAUGUUUGUCAGUUUGAAAGAUAAUUUUGCAAGUGAAAGAGGUCUCAGUUUGUCCUAGUACCACUUAGUUCUAUGGGAAACUGCUCAGUGAACUAAAUCGUCUUGCACAAUAUACUGUACGUCCCCUUGCUUGCUAGCUCCCUAGCUUAGCUCUGUUCUACAAAACAUGUAACGUUAUCUUACCCGAUGGGUUUUAUCCAGCGAAGUGUUAGCUCAAUGGUGUUUUCAGCCCCCAACGUCGACUUCGAGGCACCUAAUCUUAACCCUAACCCCUAACCAUUGCCUUAUCCUAGUGCCUUCCAGGCAGCGCUGCCUGACAGUCGACGUUGGGGGCUUUAAACACCAAACACCGAAUUGUUCUCCGCUGGGGAAGCUAGAGAGCGAGCGAGACCUGUUGCUCGUCUGAGUUACGUGACAUCCCGGUUCGAAACACACCGGCAUCGUAGCUUCAGAGAGACGUCACUUGGACACUUUGGGCUGUAUUCCACAGUAGUCUUAUACUUCAACAGUUUAACGACAAACUCUGAGACUUUAUACACUUGCAGAAUUAUCUUUAAAAUUGUCGAACAUCAUGUGUGUAAAUUCACUCUCAUUUCAAACCGAUCAAAUCAUUAUUUGUCUCUUUACGUUCACUACCGUACAUAUUUUUUCCCGAAAUAAGGUCCUAUAGUGGUGCACCGGAAAGGGGAGGGACUUUGCCUCUCUAUUCCUCCCCCCCCUCCCCCCUCCCAUGGUAUUAGAUAUUUUCUAAAGACAACCAAGGGCAGCUCCACUUUCCCCCUGUAGACUGGUCAACUGGAUAUUAUCGUCCCCACUUGAGUUCAGUGGUUGCAAACGUUACGACUUUAGAUGUAUUUCCUUUUCAAACCUGUCAAUGUGACCUGGCUGUGUUGCCCGCCCUCUUUCCCUCCCUCCGCCUCUCAGAACAGGAAACGCAACUUCACUGUAACAUAAACGGCGUCUUGGUAUAACGGUGUAAUAGUGUUGGCUGUAUAAUAGUUGAUAUAUAGUCCUGCUUCAGUUCUGUGCCAUGCCGUUGUGGUAGUGUUUUAUAUCAGAGGGAGUUUCUUAACGGGAGAUCUCAGGAGAUUAAUGAUGUCAUUCCAGUACGGGGGGGGGGGGGGGGUUAGGUUACGCCGUUCACACCUGGCACUAUAAUGCAUCUCGGUUGGAAAAUAUGUCCAAAAAAAGGGCUGAAAGGGUCUAGGGCUGUCAAAAUGGGCUGAAACUGGCGUUCGAAAAUUCGGUCUUAAAAACCAGAGAGGUUUUAUGUUUGAAUUUGAAUAUCUACUUUUGCACAUUAUUUCCAUCAGGGGGCAACCCAAUACAACGUAACUCUCUCUCUCUCUCUCUCUCUCUCUCUCUCUCUCUCUCCCUCUCUCUCUCCCCCCCUCCCCCUCUCCC